AUGGCGCGCACUCCGCUCAUGGCGGGCAACUGGAAGAUGAACACGGACCUCGACGAGGCUGUGGCGCUCGCGAAGGCCGUCUCUGCAGAGGCGGACAAGGCGUCCGGCGUCGACGUGGCGGUGUGCGUGCCGUCCCCGUUCCUGAUUCCGGUCAAGGAGGCGCUGGCUGGCGGCAAGGUCGGCCUCGGCGCGCAGGACUGCCACUGGGAGGACGCGGGCGCCUUCACGGGCGCGAUCUCGACCUCGAUGAUCAAGAGCGUCGGCUCCGACUAUGUGCUGGCCGGCCACUCUGAGCGGCGGGCGGUCUUCGGCGACUCGGACGCGGACGUGAACAAGAAGGUGCUCAAGAUCCUGGCGGGCGGGCUCAAGGCCAUCCUCUGCAUCGGCGAGCUCAAGGAGGAGCGCGAGUCCGGCGAGACGUUCAACGUUUGCGCCACGCAGCUCUCCGAGGGACUGGCGGGGGUGGACGCGGCGAUGAUGAAGGACAUCGUCAUCGCGUACGAGCCGGUGUGGGCCAUCGGCACCGGCCUCACGGCGACGCCCGAGGUGGCGCAGGAGACGCACGCGUACAUCCGCAGCUGGUUCGUCGAGAACUACAGCCAGGAGGUUGCCGACGCGGUGGUGAUCCAGUACGGUGGCUCGGUCAACGACAACAACGUCGACGACCUGAUGGCGUGCGCCGACAUCGACGGCGCCCUCGUCGGCGGCGCCAGCCUCAAGGCGGACUCCUUUGGGCGCAUCGUCAACUACGUGAAGAAGUGA